AUGUCGGUGUCUCAUAUGGUUAAGGACACCAAGACGUUUGGUGCGUUUAUCCUCCGGUAUUCUCAAUUGGCAUCAGAGCAGGUUGCUGGACAUACUCAGCUAGAUCUAACAUACCUUAGGAUGGAUCGUGCCGCUGGUUCUGUUGCACACCCACCAUACUUCGAUGGCCACAACUAUGGUGCUUGGAAGGCUAAAAUGAAGUCGUUGCUUUGGUCCUUAGAUGAACGUGUAUGGUAUACAGUGGUUCAUGGCUUUUCUGAUCCCGCAAAGAAGAUCGGAAAAGGAGAUGAAGAAAUCACAGUUCUCAAAUCUAGAGAGGAGUGGACCACUGCAGAAGCCACACACAGUACAAAUAAUCAAAAGGGGUUAAAUGCUAUAUUUACUGCUGUCUCUUCCGAUCAAUUUGAAUAUAUAUCUAGUUGUGAUACUUCUAAGGAAGCUUGGGAUAUUUUGCAGGUCACUCAUGAAGGAACAGAUACUGUUAAGGGAGCCAAGCUUCAAAUGCACACUCUACAGUUUGAGACAAUCAUGAUGGAUGAGAAUGAAACCUUUUCUGAAUUUUAUGCCAAACUUUGCAUUAUUGUGAAUGCAUGUUCAAGUUUAGGUGAAAAAAUUCCAGAAGAUAGGGUGGUGAAAAAGAUUUUACGGUCCUUGCCUCAACGUUUUUCACCAAAGAUCACAGCCAUUGAAGAGAUUCGUGACCUGAAUACUAUGAAAGUUCGUGAACUCAUAGGGUCGCUUCAAACCUAUGAGAUGAAGCAUCUAGCUCCUAAGAAGAAUAAAAGCGUUGCUCUUAAAGUAGUUGAUAAAGAAGAUGGUGAACACCAAUCUGAAGAAUUCAAUGGGGAGGAAUUUGCUUAUCUUUCACGACAAUUCAAGAAGUUUUUCAAAUAUCAAAAUUCCAGAAGUCAUGAUUCAAGAAAUCACUCAGGUAUAAAUUCAAAAGUUAAGCAUGGUGAUUAUACUGAUGGUAAUGUAAAAUCUCGCAGGUUCACUGAGAAGAAGACUACUAAAGAGAGAGUCAAGUGCUAUGAAUGCGAAGGAUAUGGACAUAUAUCCUCUGAAUGUGCCAACACACAAAAGAAGCAAAACGGCAAAGCCAAAGCACUGAAUGUAACCUGGAGUGACAGUGAUUCAGAAUCAGAAAGUGAAGAAAAUACCAUUGCAUUAAUCACCACUGUCAGUUUGGAUAAGGCACAGCAAAACAAUGGGAAUGAUGAAGAACCAAAUAUUGGUUAUGUGCUGGAAAAGUAUGACGAUCUUCUAGCUGCUUCUCAGAAACUUAAUCAACACAACAAAGAGCUUGCCAAAAAGGUUGCUGUGCUGGAGCUCGAAAACAGUAGGAUUGCCAGGACAUUACAAUCCUCUGCUGCUGAACCAGAAUCAAUUGGUGAAGGUAUGUAUGAAAAAUUGGAAAUACUUCAGAAAAAAUGCAUUGAUCAAAAUAAAUUAAUUGAUUCUUUGACCUCUAACAAACAAGUUCUUGAAAUUGAGCUUAAAAGUUCAAAGGAAAGGAUUAUUGCUUUGACAAUUGGUGCAGAAAAGAUUGACAAAAUGAUUAGCAUGGGUCGAAGCAAUGGAGACAAACGUGGCUUGGGUUUUGAUUCAAUAAACAAGUCUUCCGCUGUAUCCGUCACAAAGUUUGUCAAACCAUCACUUUCUACUGGUAUUUCAACCUCUCAAACAACUUGGAGAUUCAUACCUACGUGUCACUAUUGUGGAGCUCUUGGACACAUCCGACCAAAAUGCAAACUGCUUCAACAGAUUUCAGUAAGUCAAAAACCCACCAAGGAGGGACAGGUAAGAAUUCAACACAAGAUUGCUUAUCUUGUAAAAGAGGUAAGUAGGUUGUCAAAACUUUCUCGUUCCUUAUCUUUACCAACUUCAAAUCUAGUGUGGAGGAGAAAGGAUAAUCAAAACUGCUUGGUGGCAAUUUCAAACGAUACACAUCAAACUAAUGUUCAUGAAAUAUUAGAUGUGAAAUGUUUUGUUGCUCUUACUGCUCUCUCUGACUCUAAAUCUAAAUCUUGGUAUUUUGAUAGUGGAUGUUCAAGACACAUGACUGGUGAGAAAUCAUAUUUUUCAGAAAUCUCUACAGAAGGCGUGAGUGGAAUGGUCACUUUUGGAGAUGGAAGAAAAUCCAAGAUUUUGGGCAAAGGAAGAAUUAUGGCAAUUGGUACACCUAACUUGGACAAUGUUUUAUUAGUUGAAAAUCUUCAAGCAAAUCUCAUCAGCGUAAGUCAACUUUGUGAUGAAAUGGGUGAGGUAAACGUGAGGGUGUCUGUGAAGGGUGCCAACUGGGGAAGCAAACCAAAAACCCUCACAAAGCUACAAACUCAAUCUCUACUUCUAAAACUUUGGAACUGA